AUGAGGAUUCUGUGCGUGGCUGAAAAGCCAUCUAUCGCUAAAAGCAUCGCUAACAUCCUUGCCCACGGCCAUACCUCCAACCGCCCUGGAAAGGACAAGUAUUGCCGCAACUAUGACUUUCAAUACCGUAUGCCCGACGUACAAGGCAUGGUCGAUAUGACCAUGACCUCUGUUCGCGGCCAUCUCACCGAAGCCGAUUUUGGACCGCAACAUAAAGGAUGGCGUUCUUGUCAGCCUAGCCAUCUCUUCGAAGCGCCCAUCAUCACUGGCUUAAGCAACGAUGCCAAAUCCAUCGGCCAGAACCUGCGGAUGGAAGCAAGAAACGCCGACGCUGUCAUGAUUUGGACCGAUUGUGAUCGUGAAGGUGAACACAUUGGCAGUGAGAUUGUCGAAGAGGUUCGCAAGGUGCGCCGCAACAUCCGAGUCAUGCGGGCCCGCUUCUCUGCUAUUAUCGAUUCGCAGAUCCACGCCGCAUGUCAAAACACGGUCGAGCUCGACUGGAGAGCUGCCGAUGCUGUUGAGUCUCGCAUUCAACUUGAUCUCCGCAUUGGUGCUGCCUUCACCAGAAUGCAGACCAUGGCAUUGCAGAAUCGAAUGCCUGCUCUCAGAGAUGCGAGCCAAGUGAUUAGCUAUGGGCCAUGCCAGUUCCCAACCCUCGGAUUUGUCGUUGAUAGAUACAACAAGGUCGUUCAUUUUGUCGCCGAGGCGUUUUGGUACUUGCAAGUCGACAAGACACGAAGCAUGUCCGGCGGCGAUCCAUCUCCUGAUGAUCCUCCAGAUCAGAUCUGCAAAGUGACGUUCAACUGGGAUCGUGUCCAUCUCUUCGACAAAAAGGCUGUCGAGGUCUUUCGUGAUCUCUGCCGAGCUAAGCGAGAAGGCACGGUAGAGAAUGUGACCAACAAACAGACCAAGAAAUGGAAGCCUUACCCGCUCACGACGGUAGAGCUUCAGAAGUCGGGGUCGCGUUUGCUUCGUCUUGCACCCAAGCGGAUCCUUGACAUUGCCGAGUCGCUUUACCAAAAGGGUUUCUUGUCGUAUCCAAGAACGGAAACGGAUCAAUACGACAAGGAUUUCGACUUCAAUACUCUCAUCGCUAAGCAGACUGCCGACGGAGCUUGGAGUGGGAUAGCGCAGCGACUGCUAGAUGGCGCAUUCGAACGACCACGGAAUGGCAAGAACAACGAUAAAGCGCAUCCUCCUAUCCACCCUACUGCACACGCCGGAGGCUUGUCAGGGGACGACAAGCGAGUUUACGACUAUGUCACACGCCGUUUCCUCGCCUCUUGUUGGAGCGACGCCAUCGGAUCUCAAACCACGGUUGCCAUCGAUAUUGCUGGGGAAAAGUUUCACGCUUCGGGCCUCGUCAUCCUGCAACGCAACUAUCUCGAGGUCUUCACCUACGACAAAUGGGAAGGCAAUCUGCUGCCACCCUUUGUCCGAGGGGAAAGGUUGACACCAACACGACUCGAAAUGAAGCAAGGCUGCACCUCGCCACCGAAACUGCUUACCGAAGCGGAUCUUGUCAAUCUCAUGGACAAGAACGGCAUUGGCACAGACGCAACCAUUGCCGAACACAUAGCAAAAGUGAUCGAGCGCCAAUACGUGAUGCAGGUCAAGGAAGGCAAAACAAACUACCUUGUACCGUCAACUCUGGGAAUUGGGCUAGUGGAAGGGUAUAAUCAGCUCAAUCUGGAAAAGUCGCUCAGCAAACCACUGUUGCGGAGAGAGACAGAGUAUAGAAUGUCGCUCAUCUGUGCUGGGCAAAGGACGAAAACAGAGACGAUCCAAGAAAGUUUGGAGGAGUAUAGGGAGGUAUUUGCGUUGACGAGUCGACAGUUUGGCAGGAUAGCGGAUACGGUGCUUCAGUAUUUGACCAAUCCAAAUGCCGGGCAGGAGGCGAGGGCUGUGGAACUAAUUGAGAGGGAUGACGAUGGCUUUGCUGGUGAUGAGAGCGAUGCGGAUGACUUUGAUGAUGGGGGUGGUGGUGGAGGAGAUGGUGGAAGGGGACGGGCUGCUCGAGGGAGGGGUGCAAGCAGUACAGCGACUCGCGGUGGAAGAGGCGGCCGUGGUGGUGCAGCAGCAGCAGCAGCAGCAACUACUCGACGUCCUCCUCGGCCAGAAGACGAUGAUGACGACUUUACCAUGUCUGCUCCCGCUCUACGGAGCUUGAACAGCACCAACGGCACUGGAGUCAGAAGAUGCAUGUGCGGCGAGCCAGCAGUAGAGCGCACCACCAACAAACCCGGCGCUAAUCAAGGACGCAAGUUCUUCGUCUGCCCUAAACCGAUGGACGAUUCUGGCAAGUGCGACUUUUUCGAUUGGGCCGAUUCCAGCAAUGGGCCCGCGCCACCUGCCAGAGUCAUCCCAGCAAAACGACCGAGUGCAUCAGAUAACGACUCAGACAAUCGGUCGUCCAACGUGCGCACUUACAACUGCAAUUUCAAUUCAGGAGGAGUUCGACGAUGUGACUGCAACCUGCAAGCGGUUCUCAAGACUGUUUCGAAAGAUGGGCCGACCAAGGGCAAGGCUUUCUGGGCAUGCAAUCGCGAAAGUGCAAGACUCAGGUGCGGAUUUUUCGAGUGGGAUGAUGGCUCUGCUGACACCUCUGAUAGCAACGAUGGUGCUGGUGGCGGAAGGUAUGGAGGUCAGACGAGCCGUGGCAACUCACGCAGCAGUGGUGGAGGAGGCGGGGGAGGCGGAAAAGGGGGAGGAGAAUGUUAUAGAUGCGGUCAAACAGGUCAUUGGGCUUCGGACUGCCCCAACCCGCGACAGAACUCGAAUUUGAACAGCAACAGCAACAGCAACAGCAACAGCAACAGUAGAACCUCAGCAGCAAAGAGAGGCAGCAGCAGUAGCACUCGCGGAGGCAGGGAUAGAGGAGGUAGCAAGGCAGCCGGCAAAGAUGAUGGUUGCUUUAGAUGUGGCAAGAAUGGACAUUGGUCUAGUGAAUGUCCCGGCUGA